AGGGGGAACACCAAACACCAUAUACAAUAAAGAAACAAGAAAUUCAUAACGCCAGUCGAGGGGAAAUAAAAUGGCCAAGGCUUCGGGUAUCGCAGCACUCUUCGUCACCUUGUCCUGCUUCUACUCUCUGGCAUACGCCACCACCGGUGCCGACAUCGAAACUCUAUUUGUGGAGGGCAAGGUGUACUGCGACCCAUGCCGCGUCCAGUUCGAGACUAGACUCAGCACACCCCUCGACGGUGCUACGGUAGCCUUGGAGUGCAGAAGCCGUGAAAAUGGUACAAUGGUAUACAGACUCGAAGGCAAGACCGAUAAGAAUGGCAUCUACAGUCUGCCCGCCGACAAGAACUUUGAGGAGCAGAUCUGUGAGGUGAGGACCGUGAGCAGCCCAACCGGCGAUUGCGCUGACCACUUUGACAUCGAGAAGGCUAGGAUUUUGCUCACUCACAACAAUGGUGUGAAGGCCAUGGCUCGCUACGCCAACCCCCUUGGGUUCAUGAAGAAGGAGAGUACACCAGAGUGUGAGGCAGUUCUUAAGGAAUUGUUCCCCGAGGAGACUGAAGAUCAAUAAAGUAUAUGAUCAUGUAUAACUGAACUCUCCGUCCUCAUUACAAUGUAAACUACUUAAUUAUAUAAUAUUCAUGGGAAGAAAUUAUAA